UGACCACGGCGCCAUUUUGUCAGCCAUUUCCUAGACGGGCUCCACCGACAGUCUACUGUUUUGCAGCGAGCAGGAGGACGCGACCUGGCCGGCCUCACCUGUCAUCUGUCCGGGUUGGAUCAGGAGAACUGCGCGGUGCUCUGCACGGGCUUCACGGGUGGAUGAGUGCCUGUCCCGCGGCUUAAGAGCUCAGAGAACCGCCGCUCGGUCUCGCCGGCAGCCAUGGCUCUAAAGAUCGUUAAAGGCAGCAUCGAUCGGAUGUUCGACAAAAACCUGCAGGACUUAGUACGUGGCAUCAGGAAUCACAAGGAAGAUGAGGCCAAAUACAUCUCCACGUGCAUUGAUGAGAUCAAGCAGGAGCUCAAGCAGGACAACAUUGCCGUCAAAGCCAAUGCAGUCUGCAAACUCACCUACUUGCAGAUGCUGGGCUAUGACGUCAGCUGGGCUGCAUUCAACAUCGUGGAAGUGAUGAGCUCAUCUAAAUUUACAUAUAAGCGAAUUGGCUACCUGGCUGCAUCCCAGUGCUUCCAUGAAGGCACUGAUGUCAUCAUGCUGACAACCAAUCAGAUCCGCAAGGAUCUCAGUAGUCCUAAUCAGUAUGACACCGGUGUGGCUCUGACUGGCCUUUCCUGCUUCGUGACCCCUGACCUGGCUCGUGAUCUGGCCAAUGACAUCAUGACUUUGAUGUCCCACACUAAACCGUACAUCAGGAAGAAGGCUGUGCUGAUCAUGUAUAAAGUGUUCCUGAAGUACCCUGAAUCCCUGCGCCCUGCCUUCCCUCGCCUCAAAGAGAAACUGGAGGAUCCCGACCCAGGAGUGCAAUCAGCAGCAGUUAACGUCAUCUGUGAGCUGGCCAGAAGGAACCCCAAAAACUAUCUGUCCCUGGCCCCCCUCUUCUUCAAGCUCAUGACCUCAUCCACUAACAACUGGGUCCUUAUCAAGAUCAUUAAGCUGUUUGGUGCCCUCACCCCUCUGGAGCCUCGUCUAGGAAAGAAGCUGAUUGAGCCAUUAACCAACCUCAUCCAUAGUACCUCGGCUAUGUCGCUCCUAUACGAAUGUGUCAACACAGUGAUAGCAGUGUUGAUUUCUCUGUCCUCUGGGAUGCCCAACCACAGUGCUAGCAUUCAGCUCUGUGUGCAGAAACUGCGAAUCCUGAUUGAAGACUCGGACCAGAACUUGAAGUAUCUGGGUCUGCUGGCCAUGUCUAAGAUCCUGAAGACGCAUCCGAAGUCUGUGCAGUCUCACAAGGACCUGAUCUUGCAGUGUCUGGACGACAAGGAUGAGUCCAUCCGGCUGAGGGCGCUGGACCUGCUCUAUGGCAUGGUCUCUAAGAAGAACCUGAUGGAGAUUGUGAAGAAGUUGAUGUUGCAUGUGGACAAGGCUGAAGGCACCACAUACAGGGACGAGCUGCUCACCAAAAUCAUUGACAUCUGCAGCCAGAGCAACUAUCAGUACAUUACCAACUUCGAGUGGUACAUCAGCAUCCUGGUGGAGUUAACCCGACUGGAAGGCACACGGCACGGUCACCUAAUAGCCUCUCAGAUGCUGGAUGUAGCUAUUCGUGUCAAGGCCAUUCGGGUGUUUGCUGUGGCUCAGAUGGCCAUGCUGCUGGACAAUGCUCACCUGCUCACGGGCAACAUGCAGCGCAACGGCAUCUGUGAGGUUCUCUACGCUGCUGCCUGGAUCUGUGGAGAGUUCUCGGAACACCUCGAAGAUCCAAUGCAGACACUAGAGGCCAUGUUGAGGCCCAAAGUUGCCACCCUUCCGGGCCACAUCCAGGCUGUUUAUGUGCAGAACGCAGCAAAGCUCUUUUCUACCGUGCUGAGAAAGCAUGAGGGGUCGACAGACAGCCAGGCUGCACAGGAGACCAGCCAGCUUCUCAUAGAGAGACUGCCACUUUUUGUUCAGAGUGCUAACCUGGAAGUGCAGGAGAGGGCGUCCUGUAUCCUGCAGCUGGUGAAGUACAUCCAGAAGCUGCAGCAGAAGGAUGUGGAGGUGGCUGAAGAGGUGUCUGCACUGUUUGCAGGAGAGCUCAACCCUGUGGCGCCUAAAGCUCAGAAGAAAGUGCCUGUGCCUGAUGGUCUGGACCUGGAUGCCUGGAUCAAUGAGCCUCCCUCUGAGAGCGAGUCUGAGGACGAGAAACCUAAAGCAGUGUUUGCUAAAGAGGAGCCCAAACACUCUCGACCUCGCCACACUGAAGUGGACGAGAAAGAGCUGGCACGGAGGAGGGAAGCCAGAAAGCAGGAACAGGCCAACAACCCGUUCUACAUCAAAUCCUCGCCAUCAUCUCAGAAGGUGUAUCAGGAUGCACCAGGUGUAGAGCACAUUCCAGUGGUGCAGAUAGACCUCAGUGUGCCUCUCAAAGUCCCAGGGUUGCCCAUGUCUGACCAGUACCUGAAGCUGGAGGAGGAGCGUCGGCAGAAGGAGAAGGCCGAUAAGAAGAAGAAAGAGAAGAAGAAGAAGAGGGAGAAGCACGGGAAAGGGAAGAGGGCCGACUCAGGCCCUGAGAGCGAGGAAGACAUCACACCUGCUCACCAUGUGGACAUAGUAACAGAGGAAAUGCCGGAGAAUGCCUUACCAAGUGAUGACGACGACAAAGACCCCAAUGAUCCGCACAAAGCCCUCGACAUAGACUUGGACAAUCUGCUUUCUGGCACUAACUACAGGCCACUGGCAGACAGUGAGAAGCUACCAGUGAGGACACACCGCUCUGAGGCUCUGAAGAGCCCUGUGGAGGAAGGUGAUGGAGAGCAGAUCCCACAGGAGACCAAGAAGAGGAGCAGCAAGGAAAAGAAAGAGAAGAAGAAGGACAAGGAUAAGGACAGGAAGAAGAGCAAAGAGGAGAAGAAGAAAAAGAAGAAGCAUAAACAUGACGUAGAUGAGGAUGAGCCAGUGGAGCUGCCGUCAGAAGAACCAGUCCAAUUGGAAGACACCAGUGAGGUGGCAGCUCCCCCCACCUCCACAUCUGCUGAGGCCUCCGAUCUGGAUUUCUGGCUGUCUAGUGCUCCUGUAGCCCCACCCACCAAGGAGGCAACAACCCCUGAUCCAGCCCCGUCCUCUGGCCCUGAGACGAGCUUAGCAGCAGCUCCAGAUUCUGAAGCAGAUGAGCCCAAAGAUGUGGAGCCUGAGGAGGCAAAGUCUUCAAAACAUAAGAAGAAGAAGCAGAAGAAAGAGAAGGAGAAGGAUGAGAAGAAGGAGAAGAAAAAGAAGCGGCACCAUCACCAUCAUCACCACGGUGAUGGAGGAGGCGAGGAUUCUGUGCAGAAUGGAACCAUGGAGGAGGAGGAACCUUUGCCACCAAUGUCAAACUACUGCCUGCUGGCUGAAAACUCCUACAUCAAGAUGGUUUACGAUAUUCAAGGCAACCUGCAGGAUGGCAGUCAGGUGGUUGUGUCAGUCAUUUUUGAAAACAAAAGUGACAGUUUCCUCAAGUCCAUGGAGUUCAAUGUGCUGGACUCCCUCAACUCUAAACUGCAGCGGCCGGACGGAGCAGGUCCACAUGAUGGGCUGGUUGUACCCUUCCAGCUACCACCAGGGGUGUCAAAUGAAGCCCGCUUCGUUUUCUCAGUGCAGAGCAUUGUCAUGCCUCAGAAACUGAAGGGAACGCUCACCUUCAUAGUCAAGUCGGAAGAUUCCUCAACUCAUGAAAAACUGGACUUCAAACUGCACUUUACCUGCACAUCAUAUUUAAUCACCACUCCCUGCUACAGUGACGCAUACGCCAAACUGCUGGAGUCCGGGGACCUGAAGAGCAGCUCUCUGAGGCUGGAGGGAGUCAACAUGCCCUUCCAUCACUUGUUGGCUAGAAUCUGCUUCCAUCACCAUUUCUCUGUUGUGGAGAGGAUUGAUUCCUGUGCCUCUAUGUACAGCAGGUCAAUCCAGGGUCACCAUGUCUGCUUGCUGGUGAAAACUGCUGAUCAGACAGUCUCAAUCGACGCUAAAUGUGACGAGCCGUCGCUGCUGGGGAACGUGCUGGACGAGAUCAAGCAGACCUUCUCACAGUGCUGAUUGUGUCUGAGAGACCAAUGGUGCCCUUGCCUCACCCCCACCCGACCCCUACCAACACUCAAUCAUAUCACAAACACUGAGACUGGCUUCCUCUCAAUUCUGCCUUCCUCCUUCUCCCUGUAUUUAUUGGAUCUCUCAUUCUACUACUCUUUUUCUUCCUCUUUCUUGAGAUUACGCACAGCUGAUGUCUCUGGCUUGUGUAGAUCCACACUCUCUCCUGUUUGUUUCACAGCAAAUGCACAGGCAUUCAUUCCUUUUGAGUUUGGUUUUCCUUCCCAAACCGUUCUUGUUUUGUUAGUGUCUGUCCCAUGUUCAGUCUCGCUAACCUUUCCAGUUCCUUUUUGCUCUCCCAUUGUCUUAAUUGUCUGACAUACUUUUAAAUAACUGGAUUUAUUUCUUGUUGACGUUGGGUGAGAUUUUGUUUAUUGUUUUGUGUUUUUUUUUUUUUUUUUUGUGUGUUUUGUUGCUUUCUUUUGGUUCUGAAUUCUCUCAGCGCCUUUUCUCAAUCGAAGCUUAGUUUCUCCUGUGUAUGUGUGGGGAGAGGGGGUUGUGUGUUUGUGUCUGUGUGGUGUGGUUGCGCCUGUGUGUGUCUCCUGUCUCUCUAAAAGUUUCUCUGAAACCCUUUGUGUAGAGCGAGGUCAACCUGAUUUCUCAGCUCCUUCAUACCAGAAACCCUGCCCACAACAUUUCCCAGCCUCUAUAAGGCCGGAAUUUUAGUUUUAAAUCUGCCCCCAUCCCCCCCCCCCCCCCCCACACACACACUCCACUCCAGUAGCCGUACUGCAUGAGCCCUGCCAUGUGGUUCCAAAUAUGUAAUCUAUUGCACUUUUGGACACUUUUUUUGGACGGGGGAUGUCUGGGACCAUGUUCUGAAUAGCUUGGACUUUGUUACUCAUGAAACGUGUGACAAGAAAUGAAAGAAGUCCUCACACUGACAUAGUGAAGCAGACACAACACUGUUACUCUACUGUGUCUGUUCCACAUUAGUGUAAAGCCUACAGCUUUGCAAGUUUACUGCACACUAAAAGACUUUGAGGACGUUUGUAAAAAUGAAGUGUAUCUAACCAAUGGAUGAAACACUUACGUAACUCUUCUGUCUGAAUUAUUAUUAUUAUCAAGGUCAUUUCUUCAGGUCUAUCUUGUCUCUGCUGGUAGUUUAGGAUGAUUAAUCAGGAACCCAGACCAGUGCGUCUUCUUAAAGGCUCUAUGUUACAUUUAUGAAGGAUUUCUUAUUCUGAUAAAAGCAACGACCAAAUCCGAAGCAUCAGUUUAAUCCAUACUCUUCUGCCAGUAUUGUUGUAAAAAUGGCUCAUUGUCUCUCCCUGGAGAUUCCUGUUUAUGGCAUUCUUAAUAUCCAUCUAUAAGAUACCCUUCAUAGUUCGUACCACCUCUGUCUGUGUGACUUUUACAUCUACUAAAUGUUUUGUCCCCUGAACAAAGGCCCGCUCAUGCCUGUGUUUGUUCUUUUGCCUUGUUUUGUUUUGGCAUUUAUGGUCAAUUAUAUGUUUUUUUUUUCUUUGCUUUCCCCAAAUGCCUUUUUUGUUUCCACACUUUUCCACUGUUUUUGUGCUGAUUUAUUAAGAAUUCUGCUCUAAUUCUACUGUCUGAUUUCUGACUUACUUUGCCUGGUCCAGCACGCUGUAGCACUCGGUUGUAACAUCCAACUGACAGUUUUAGUAGUACUACUCUCUUCUGAAAAACCUGCCAGUGAGGUUUGUCGCGGAAGUGCUCUAUUAAACAGCAUUAGUCUGUAAUCCAGUGACUAGUGUGUCUGUGUGUGACUAUUGUUGCAAUCAAGAUGUCUCCCUCAGUGACAGAUGAUGAACAUGCUGGCCGUUCAUACAGAUGACCCACUGUAAUGCGUCCUGCAGAUUUUGCUCAUUUUUGAGGGACAUCCACCUGAAGUCCAUAUCAUACGGUUUAAGUUGUCAAUGAUAACGUGAGUCCCACUUUUGGUGGAUAUCUCGGUCAUCUAUACAGGUGCCAGGUCAUCUAUAUGAGCACAGGGUAAACCACAGGAAACUGGGAGAACCAACUGUAACUAUUAACAAUACUGAAGAUUGCUAUUUUCUGUGCAGUUGAUUUGAAAUUUAUAUCUUGCAUGAUUAGGAAUGUAUACUUUUUUUGUUACUUUGUCCAGACAUGGACACAUGCAUACAGAAGCUCCCUACCAUUCCUUUAUUGUUGUAUUUUCUAGUUUUCUUUUAUAUAUAAAUAUAUACAAUAUAUUAAGUUGGCUUCUUCCUGCUACACUUUUGAUGGUAUAAUGUAUUUUUAUCUGUUAAGAGUACAUGCAAUGUAAAAGAAAAACAACAUCUUGGAAUGUUUUUUUAAAUUUAAGUUUUGCAUUAAAUUAUAUCAUUAGACGGGCAGGUUUCAUUGGUGUUGAAGACACUGAGGUUGGGAUGUGUUCACAAAACGAUGUGUGGCAGCUCAAGUGAAGCAACCCACCAUCUAUCUCCCAAAGGAUUUCACCCUGGCAAACUGUAGUGCAGAUCUUGCUGGAUUUUGCUUGUAUCAUUCAAUGUACUCUCAAUGCUCUUUAUUUGAAGGUACUGUCUGACUCCUUCACUAUGUAUUUUCUGACCGUAUGAUGUAAUAUAAUGUUUCAAGAAUAAACGACUGAAGAGAAUGACCAAUGA